AUGGCACCUGCACCAAUUGACGAGCGCAUCAAGGAUGUUGCGGAACCUCGCAAAGACACGCUGGGCCUACCCGAGCCGGCCCUCCGCCGCCUAAAGAAGGCGGGAAUCGAUCUCUCUAACGGCUACCCUUACCGUCCAUCGAGGCCUCUUUACCUAGACGACGUCUACCAAAUCAGGAGUAAAGAGUGGAAACACGACGACGCCGGAGCCCGCGCGGAUAAGUCAAAGUCGGCGCUCCUGUCAGCCGCCACCAAAGUGACAGACCUUACCGCACACAUCGGAACCGAGAUCGAGGGCCUACAGCUCAAGGACCUCACGGACCAGCAGAAAGACGAGCUGGCGCUCCUCAUCGCCGAGCGGAGCGUCGUCUUCUUCAGAGACCAAGAUAUCUCGCCACAGCAGCAGCUCGCGCUCGGCAAGUACUACGGCGAGGUAGAAGUUCACCCGCAAGUCGCCCAAGUCCCCGGCAACCCAGGCGUGACGGUGAUCUGGCCGGACCUGCAAGCAACAGAGCGAGCGGCCAACUUCCGCAACCCGGGGGGCGCGUCGCGCUGGCACACGGACCUGGUGCACGAGCUGCAGCCGGCGGGGAUCACGCACCUGCACAACGACACGAUACCUCCGGUGGGCGGGGACACGCUGUGGGCGAGCGGGUACGCGGCGUACGAGAAGCUAUCCCCCGACUUCCGGCGGAUCAUCGACGGCAAGCUCGGCGUCUACCGGUCCGCGCACCCGUACCUGGACCGCGCGCAUCCGGAGGCCGGUCCGAAGUACGUCGAGCGCGUGCACCCCAUCGUGCGCGUGCACCCGGCGACGGGCUGGAAGGCGCUGUGGGUCAACCGCGCGAUGACCGAUCGCAUCGUGGGGCUGGAUAAGGCGGAGAGCGAUGUCAUUCUGAACUACUUGUACGAUGUGUAUGAGAAGAACGUCGAUAUCCAGGUGCGCUUCCGCUGGACGCCGAAUACUAGCGCGCUUUGGGAUAAUAGAAUCACUAUCCACAACGCGAGCUGGGACUAUGGUGGGAAGCACCCUAGGCACGGGACGCGUGUUACAACUUUGGGCGAGAAGCCGUACUUCGAUGCUUCGGCUCCGACUAGGCGAGAGGCCCUUGGUUUGCUGGAUGAGAGCGAGAAGCAGGUUGAUGGUCCUGCUUGA